AUAGCUUCAAAGAACGCAUAUGGCCACACAACUUCUCAAAAACUCUUCAGUUUCAUCACUCAACGUCGAUUCGGUAACCCGGUUCCUUUCAGAGGCUUCUUCCUUUCCUACUUUUUCUUCUUGUUCCUUCAGCUGAAGAAGGGGUUCAUCACUCUCGUGUGUAAACCAUGGGUGAUGCAAUUGAUUUGACUGGUGAUGGAGGAGUCACUAAAACCAUUCUGAUAAAAAGCAAGCUGGAUGCUGUGUCUCCAACAGAAGAUUUUCCUCUUGUUGAUGUGCAUUAUGAAGGCACACUUGCUGAUACUGGUGAAGUAUUUGACACAACACAUGAGGAUAACUCUAUCUUCACUUUUGAGAUUGGAAGUGGCAGUGUUAUCAGGGCUUGGGACAUUGCUGUGAGAACCAUGAAGGUUGGAGAAAUUGCAAAAAUAACAUGCAAGCCAGAGUAUGCGUAUGGUAGUGCAGGAGCGCCACCAGAUAUUCCCCCUGGUGCGACACUAGUCUUCGAAGUUGAGCUAGUUGCCUGUCGACCCCGUAAGGGAUCAAGCCUCGGAAGUGUUUCAGAGGAGAGGGCUAGGCUAGAAGAGAUAAAGAAGCAAAGAGAAAUGGCAGCUGCUGCGAAGGAGGAAGAGAAGAAGAAGAGAGAAGAAGCAAAGGCGGCGGCUGCUGCUCGUGUGCAAGCCAAGUUAGAAUCCAAGAAAGGAAAGGGCAAAGGGAAAGGAAAGUAGGGUGUUAAUCAGAUAGCUACUAGUGUCUUUUAUCCCUUACCCAGGAGUCUAUACUGAACAAUGUAGGAAUCAAAUGCCACAUUAAUGAUACAAAAUAUUAUAGGUUUUGGUACUUUAGAAUGAACAAAGACAAUAAUCAUUAAAUGACGUUUUCUUGUUGCAAUAGUAUUCUAAAAGAUCCUAUAGCAUAAUUUUCCUUGCUCUGUUGCUGAGUUGAUUAUCCGGUCGGUUAAGCAUAUGAUAUCUUUUUUUGUAUACUAUGAAUUUAGGUACAACAAAGGAAUGAAGUUGGUAUUUUGGUUUUUCCA